CCGUUACAGCGCUCCGGCGUUUACGCGCGCGAUUUUAAAACCAGCUCUGGCGACUCAGAAGACGAGAUGGGACCUCCUUGUCCGGCCACAAUGAAUAAGUCUCCUUCAGAGACCCGAGGACGCCCCCAUAGCACCUCCUCACCUUCGGAGCGGGUAUUCUCCAUGCCCCCUCCCAGGAAGGCCCCUCUCAGUACUGCUGGCACCCCAGUCCUUGAAGACUUUCCUCAGAAUGAUGACGAAAAGGAGCGACUGCAGCGGAGGCGCUCCAGGGUCUUUGACCUGCAGUUCAGCACAGACUCGCCUCGUUUGCUGGCGUCCCCGUCCAGCAGGAAUAUUGAUGUUUCAGCAACAAUUCCUAAAUUUACAAAUACACAAAUUACUGAGCAUUACUCCACCUGUAUCAAACUGUCCACUGAAAAUAAAAUCACUACCAAGAAUGCUUUUGGCUUGCACUUGAUUGAUUUUAUGUCAGAGAUUCUUAAACAGAAAGAUGCCGAACCAACCAACUUUAAAGUGGCUGCUGGCACUCUGGAUGCCAGCACCAAGAUCUAUGCUGUGCGUGUAGAUGCUGUCCAUGCUGAUGUGUACAGAGUCCUCGGGGGCCUGGGCAAGGAUGCACCAUGUCCGGAAGAAGCAGAGGGCCAUGGUGCAGAUGGAAGUGCAGUUGAAACAGGAACAACUAAGAAGGCUCCGAAACCAAGGAAGAAGCACUCGUGUAAAACCGUAGAGCAGAAUAUAAACAACCUCAACGUAUCUGAAGCAGAUCGAAAGUGUGAGGUGGAUCCCAUGUUCCAGAAGACGGCGGCCUCGUUUGAUGAAUGCAGCACAGCAGGGGUGUUUCUCUCCACCCUGCACUGCCACGACUAUAGCAGUGAGCUGCUCUUCCCCUCCGAUGUCCAGACUCUCUCCACCGGAGGACCCCCGGAGUUGCCCGAUUUAGGUUGGGUGGAGAUGACUGAUUUAAAAGCGCCCCUGCAGCAAUGUGUGGAGGAUCGCCAGAUCUGCCCUUCCCUGGCCGGGUUCCAGUUCACUAAAUGGGACAGCGAAACACAUAAUGAGUCAGUGUCGGCCCUGGUGGACAAGUUUAAGAAGAACGAUCAGGUGUUUGAUGUCAACGCCGAGGUGGAGGAGAGUGACUGCGGGGACUUCCCUGAUGGGCCCUUGGAGGAUGACUUUGAUGCGAACGAUGAACUGGACCACACUGCAGCAGGGGAUCACACUGAGUUCAGGAGCUGGAAGGAGCCCUGCAACGUUCAAAGCUGCCAAGAAGAAACGAUUCCUCUUGGGGAUGGAGACAUUUGGACCAUGUGUCCUCUUCUAUCCAUGAAACCUGGAGAGUAUUCCUACUUCAGCCCUCGAACCAUGUCGAUGUGGGCUGGCCCAGAUCACUGGCGCUUUAGACCACGACACAAACAAGAUACUACCUCACAAUCAGAGAACAGAAAGAAGAGUGCAAAGAAGGAUUUUGAAAUCAACUUUGAUGAUGAUAUUGACUUUGAUGUCUAUUUUCGAAAAACAAAGGCUGCUACUAUUCUGAGCAAGUCCACUUUGGAGAACCAGAAUUGGAGAGCCACCACUCUUCCUACAGAUUUCCACUAUGAGACUGAAAGUCUUGUCCAGCUGCAUCUCAAACCAGGCACCAGGUUACUUAAGAUGGCCCAAGGCCAAAGGGCAGGGACCGAGCAUUAUGAAGAAGUUGAAGCCUAUGAUUACAACAACCCUAACGAUACCUCCAACUUUUGCCCUGGAUUACAGGCUGCUGACAGUGAUGAUGAAGAGUCAGAGGACUUAUCUGUGGGACCAGUUGGGACCUUUGACCAUUCUGGCCAUCCACCUAUGACAACACAAGACAACAAUGACAUGCCUGAAGUCCAAGGAUCAGAUAUCACAACUUAUGGAGAGUCAAAUCUGGUGGCUGAGCCUCAGAAGGUAAAUAAAAUUGAAAUUCAGUAUGCUAAGACUGCCAAGAAGAUGGACAUGAAGAAGCUGAAGCAGAGCAUGUGGGAUUUGCUGACAGAGUUCCCCAAGCAAGCAGACGCAGAGGCAAACCAUAGUGGGAAUGGAGAAGCUGGGCACCCAGUGGCAGUGGCAGACCAGAAGCUGCUCAGUGGGCUCACGAAGGACCUACAGCAGAGCCUGCCUCCCCUUAUGGCUCAGAACCUCUCCAUACCUCUGGCCUUUGCAUGUCUUCUACAUUUAGCCAAUGAAAAGGUGGGUAAACCUGAAUCUAAAGCUGGAAGGAACCGAGGAUCUUUCUGAUGUUCUGGUGCAGCAAGGGGACUGAGUUCAUGAGGAAAAGUCCUCGCCUCUUCAGUGACCAGGAUGUCUGCACUUGGUGCUGCGAUGCCGUGGGCUUGUGGCAAGGCUGCAGCCAACUGCCAGAGGACCUGUUUGUCUGUCACUCUUCCCUUCUCUUCUUCAUCAUCUGGGAACCCGCUCCCUGAAGCUCUAUGCAAAAAGUUUUCUGUUCUGUGGCUACCACCUAGGAGGGAGAAGAGGGUGAGGAGGGAAACUGUGUCUCUUCUUUAUAUCCAUGUGUAGUUUUGUCUCCUCAAUGGCUCUGUUGUUCUCCAUACUUUACUGUCUUAGAAGAUAAUUUCCCAGUAGGGCACUUGUCCUCUAACAGAGUCCUAUGGAAUCCAUGUAUAUAAAACACAUCAUGUGUGCUUAUAAAUGUAUAUAUAAUGCUUAAAAAUAAAAUCAUUCUGAAUAAUA